GUAUACUAUCAGAAUGGAUGUGCGUCUAGUUCCCCUCCUGCUCACUUUGGGGGUAUCUGCAGUGUAUUCUGGCAGUCAUUCCCUGCGCUACUAUUAUACAGCAGUCUCAGAUCGAGCCUUUGGGCUCCCAGAAUUUUCCACAGCUGGGUAUGUGGAUGAGACACAGAUUGAAAGAUACAGCAGUGACAAUGGAAAGUCUGAACCUGCAGCUCAGUGGAUGAAGCAGAAUGAGGGUCCUGAAUACAGGGACGAACAAACACAGAUCCUCAAAGGCAACGAGGCUGUGUUUAAGCACAAUGUAAAGGUUGCAAUGGAUCGCUUCAACCAGACCUCAGGUACCCACAUCGUUCAGAGCAUGUACGGCUGUGAGCUGCGAGAGGACGGCAGUACCCGGGGGUAUGAGCAGGAUGGAUACGAUGGGAGAGAGUUCCUAGCGCUGGAUACAGAGAGAUGGGUGUAUGUACCUUCCAUGCGCGAGGCGCAGCUCACUACCCAGAAGUGGAACAGCCCGGAGGUUAAUGAGCCUGAGAGAGAGAGGAAUUACCUGGAGAAUAUCUGUAUCGAGUGGCUGAAGAGAUACCUGGGCUACGGGCAGGCAGAGCUGGAGCGGAGAGUUCGCCCUCAUGUAAAGAUUUCAGAUCGCCAAUCAGAUGGCAAUACAGAGCUUCACUGCCAGGCGUAUGGAUUCUAUCCCAGAGAAAUAGAUGUCAAAUGGGUGAGGAAUGGUAAAGAUGAUGUACACUCGGAGGAAGCCAAAGAGAUCCUUCCCAACCCUGAUGGCAGCUACCAGCUCAGAGUCACUGCUGAGGUUACACCCAAGGAAGGUGACAGUUAUGCCUGCCAUGUGGAACACAGCAGCCUGGAGGAGAAGCUCAUUGUUGUGUGGCCAGGCCCCAAUAAAGAUGGAAAAAACAUGGUUAUUAUUAUUGCUGGUGUUGUUGUUGCUGUACUGCUGAUCACUGCUGCUGUUGUUGGAUUUGCUUUCUACAAGAAAAGGAAAGCCAAGUCUGGUUACACAGAAACUGCAAGUAAUGAUUCUCCUGCUUCAUCUGUUGCUAGAGCUUAAGGGUGACGUGUUCUAAGAAAGAAGCAGUGAAAUAUGCGGAAGUAGAGGAGACAAGAAACCUGAUUUGAUUUGUUUGCUUCUGUUCUAAAAUAUAUUUCCAUUAUAGAAAGGAAUGUUUUUAAUUUGCUUCAUCAUAAAUAUUGGGUUGUUAUAACAUUCAAUAUUCAGCAUUCUGGUGUGAUCAUAUUGCUUAAAUAUAAGGGUGUAGGUUUAUGUUGUUUAAGUUUUAAAUGUUUUUGAUUUUUGAAUUGUAAAAAUGAAUGUAAAACAUGUGCAACUUAUCCAUGUAGCACAGUGUAUGGUAGAAUUAUUUGAUUACAUUUGCAGGGAUUGUAUAAAGCUAAGAACAAACUGGUUCGUCAGUUGUAUAAUUUCCUUUUCUACCCAGAAUACCAAACUGGCAUCUGAGUUUCAUAUUUCUUCUCAUAAACUCCCACGGAAUGUCACCUACUGUAUCUUGUAUUGGCAGUGUUGUCAUAUUUGCCAUUAUUAUUAUUAUUAUUAUUAUUAUUUUACAAGUGAUUUCAUGUAACCUUCUGCUCAAUUGGCUCAAUUAUCUGUCCAACCAGUGCAUACAGGAAUUAUGCAAGCACCUUACCUUAUAGCAUUCAUGGCCUCCCAGUACUUGGCCUCCUCUCUCCUGCAUGCCCUCAGCUUUCAGUGCUCAUGUUUUUUCUACACCCUAAAGUCUAACAAGCCCUCUUCAGGAGUAUGUCAUACACAGCUCUCAGCACCAUUUUUCAAAUUUAGAAAUUCCUGAACAAACCCCUUCCUUACUGCUUCUGUUUCCAGGCAUGACAAGUUCCAGGAUUGUAGAACUGGAAACUUUGGUUCUCUGCGUCUCUAUACAGUUGUCAGUGGAUUGGAGGGAACUGUUGUUCAGUAACUGGUCCAGGAUAAAAGUAAAUGUUCCCUACUAUGGCUGACAUUAUGAAAGAAUGAAAACCCUUGAGAAAAUUUAUAGCUGGGGCUGAUGCCACCUCUUAUUCAACUUACAAUUCAAAAGCUGGGGGGUUGAAGCCUGGGUGCUCACAUGUGGUACAGAGGUCACAGUGUGGGUCAUACAGUGGUGUUGUUCUGGAUAUGAACCAGGGCAGAACUAAGGGUAGGCAGAAGAAGCAUGUGCCUAGGGUGGGGGCUGUCUUGCAGACCCUGCAAGAGUGUAGAGGGCUUAGUAGGGCUCUAAGUAAUGAGUGACUUCAAUAGACCUUAGUAGAAUAGUUAACUCACCAAUGUCUGGGGCCCUACACUGAAUUUGCUGUGGGGCCCAGUAAUAUGUAGUUAUGGCACUGGAAAUGCCCAUCAUGAUGGGAGACACCAUGUCACUUUCAGUGGAACCACAUAUAGCGGUCAUAACACAACAGUGAUUGGUCUAAUGUUGUCUAAGGAAAGUAUCCUCAUAAAGAAAGCAAUAUCAAAGUUCCUCUUAUGCAGAAAAUUUAUGUUUUAGGAAUCAAAGAAAAUUUCCAAUUAACAUCAGAGUACAUUUUUCUUUGAAUAGAAACCUUAACCAAGAGCCUUUCUUGUGAACAGGAGUAGAAGCAACAGUUUCAUUGAAUUUAAAAAUUUGCCUGCUGUAAGUUUUUCUCUGAAUAAAUUCUAAAUAAAAUCUCUAUAAAUACACAA